GAGCAGGACGGGGAGGACGGCUCUGAUUGGCUGGUCUCGCAAAAAGGAAGCGGACGAGUCGGGCCAGCAAAGAUGUCCGCGCUCAUUUGAAAACCUGCCUCGGCUCUGACUCUCUCACAGUUUGGCAGCUGAAGCCGAGGCCGUUUUAAAUGUUGGCACUGGCGACGACGCUGGAUCACACAAAGGGAAGAAAGGGACUCCGCGACAAGAGCCAGACUUUUCCUUAUUAGCAGAAAUAAUGCUGAUAUCUGGAACUCAUGUCGGAAGUCGUGUAUGAAGAGACAGCCACGAUGAUCGCAGCAGGGGAAUUGCAGUCGUUUGUCCCGUUUGGCCGCGAGCACUGCAGGAACCAUCCAAAUGCCUUCAACCUGCAGCUCAGAGAGCUCCAGCCCGCCUCCGAGCUCUGGUCGUCAGACGGUGCCGCCGGCCUGGUGGGGUCCCUGCAAGAAGUCAGUCUGCAGGAGAGAGAGAGGGAAUGCUGGCAGCUCAGGAAAGGCUUCAUGGGAGUCAAAGAGGAGGAUGUGGAGUUUGAAGAGGAGCUCUACACUGCAGGAACUGUGGUCGUCUGGAGCCAGGGCAGUCGGACCCAAGCCUCCAAUGUAUACAAGGCCUUCACGGUCGACAGCCCAGUGCAGCAGGCCUUAUGGUGUAACUUUGCUGUUCCUCAGAACAAGAAAGAUGAGGAGGAAGUGGAGCAGACAGUGUGUAUCAUCCAGAGCAGCUGUGUCAACGUUCACACUGUGACCGGGAAGGAUUUCAUCUCGCCACUACCUUUCCAGGUCUCAAAUGUGUGGGCAACCAAGUUCGGACUUUUGUUAGAACGAAAAAACUCUGCGACUGACGCACAACUCAGCCCCCCCGGGGAACCUCUGCCCACGGUGUUCAGCAUGCUGCAUCCUCUAGACGAGAUCACACCAGUAGUGUCUAAACCUACAGGUCUGUUUGAAGGCUCCCGUGUGCAGUAUGCAUCAGACGCCACCAUGAAGAUAGUGUUCACCUGCUGUCAGCCUUCUGUAGUCGUCUCCUAUGACACUGUUCAAGGAAUACACUCCGUCUGGAUCCUGCGCAAGGUCACACCCGAUGAGCGUUCCUCAGUCCUGCGCUGUGCAGCUGAUCCAGUUGGCACACCCUUAGGUCUGAUGGCAUCUGGCUUCCUGACCUCUCACCUCCGUAAUAUCUCCCGCCUGGACACCCCUGGUGGCAGCGGGGCGACUGGGCUCGGUCCCGGAACUGGGACAAGUUGUGCUGUCGGUACCAGCUCUCCUCUCCACUACAGCGCUCUGCACAGCCACCAGAACAGGAUAAUGUCAUCUUCACCAGGAGUACAUUCCCGCAUUCAUUCUCCAAGUAUAUCCAACAUGGCUGCCCUGAGCCGCGCUCACUCUCCAGGCAUGGCGGCUCCGUCCUUUUCAGGCGCGGCUCGAUUCAACACGUCUUUCCACAGCCCGUCCCCCAGGGGGCACCAUGGCUUCUUACCGUCUCCCAACAGCACAGUCAACGAGACAAUGGUGGUGCCGGAGAUGGAGCCCAUUGUACCCGACCUAUGCAUGGAGCAGCUGUGGAGUGAGACGGUCACAGCUAGCUGUCACAGGGAGAUGAGCAGCCAGGCGUCUAAAGUGUUCCUGACCACUGACCUCUGCGAGAACCACUACCUCUGUUUCCUGGUGGAGUCUCACCAACAGCUCAGAUGUGUGAAGUUCAUUGAGAGCAACGAUACGUCGCAGCUCAUCUUCGCCUCUGUCACAACCAUCCCUGCCAAAGAUGCAGAGCCUCUGCAGAAUAUAGACGCCAUGCUGGUCCUGGAGGCCUGUGGCAGUCUGGUUCUCUACACCGGAGUCACCAGGGUGAGUAAGGUGUUUGUCCCCGGCCUGCUGUCGCCGAGCUUCAGAUGACCAACCACCUCUCUCACC